CCUGCUGCUCUUUGGAAUGAACUUCUUGUCAAGAAUGUUGUCCCAAAAGCAUAUGCCACUCUUAUCUUAGAAGCCAUUAAGAGAAUGGAGACCGAAGAGAAUCCAGACUUCCCUCUCUCCUCUGAAAGUAUCUACAGAGUAUGGCCAGAGGUGGACAAGAUUAAGACACACUGGAAACCCAUCAUAGAACCGCUAAUGAAAAUGUUAUUCCAGAAUGCAGUGAUUUUCUCCACCAAGAAGUGCUGGUUAAAAGAAUGUGAUGUCAACUUCAUCGAGAUAGAUGAAAGCAAAGAGUACACAAAAACCAUCCUGAACUACCUCCAGAACUCAGGGACUCACAUUGCCAAGGUACCGGUAAAUGUUGCUGCUGCAUUCCAGAUCCCGUUAAAUAAUUCUAAACCAGUGAAGAAGGUCACCCCAGCUCUUGUCCGCCAGGUGUUGAGGAAAUGUGCACAUAAGGGACCUAAACAUGAGAAACUUCACCUCCUUGAGUUCAUACUCAGUGAUGAGAACUACAGUGAACUUAUAGGAUUAGAAAUGCUUCCUCUGCAAAAUGAGAAUUUUAUUUCUUUCUCUUCAUCUGUAUCUGAUAAGGAUGUUGUUUACAUCACCUCAGAGGAGUUCCCAAGGGCACUAUUCCCUGGUCUGGAAGGAAGGCUUCUUUCUGAAGACUUAAAGCCUAACAUUUUGACUGCUUUGAAGGAAGCAGCAAUAAGUCGAGGAAGGCCGUGCACCCAGCUGCAGCUCCUGAAUCCUGAACGUUUUAUUCGUCUUACUAAGGAGGUUAUGAAUAUGACAUGGCCAACAAGAGACCUGGUGGUCAAAUGGUCCCCGGGCAUAGACAAAAAGCAUCCUCCCAUCUCGUGGCUUAAAAUGGUCUGGAAACUCUUAUACAUUCAUUCUUCAGAAGAUCUGACAUGUCUUGAUGAUAUGCCACUUAUUCCUACAAGGAUUCUAGAAGAGGAGGAAACCACACUGGAAGUCAUUCGCCUGAGAUCACCAUCUCCUGUAAUAUAUGAUGAUGUGGCAGACACUCAACUGCCUGAACAUUUGCCAGAAAUAAUUAAAAACCUUGGUGGCAUUGUUCUCCAGCAUUUAGAUUCUGCCAUCCAACAUCCACUUCUUAAAAAAUAUGUCUAUCCUCCAACGCCCAGUGCUCUCCUCCAAAUAAUGGACAGGAUGUCUCUUCAAAAACUCUCCAGUCAGAUUGCUUCACUGACCCCAACUCACAAAGACACUCUGAGGAGAUUCCUUGCUAGCCUGACAGACAUUAACGAAAAAGAGAAAAAGAUCAUUCAGGAACUAAUGGUCUUUAAAAAGAUAGAACAGACUUCAGACCAAAAAAAUUCUUAUGUUUUCUUAAGAGGUUGUAAAGUUCUUCAUCACAAUGCCAGACUUCCUCCAAACACUCGCCUCUCCUUUCCUGUAAUUGAUAGUAGUGAUGAGGAAACCAUCCGUUUGACCAAGAUGCUCAAAGUUGAGCAACUAAAGAGUACAGACUGUGUAAAAAAUUAUCUUGCAAGAUGUAGAGAGAGGUUUUUACCCAAGUGAAGAAAGGACAUGUGUUGUGCUUUGGGUUCUUGAAAAUUUUACCUUUUUAAAGAAUGAAAAUCCAGCUAUAAUUAACUGG